AUGAGCCUGUUCCGUUCGACCGCCUCCAAACUCUUGGAAAUCAACCAGGUCGCUGCUCCAUUAUGGACUGCUUCUCGGUCAAUGGCAUGUGCAUCUACCGAUCUGAAAUCUGUAGUUGCUGAAAAAUUAAAGCAGAGUGGAGAGGAAAUCAAAGCCUUCAGAAAGCAACAUGGAUCUACAGUUGUCGGUGAUGUAACUGUAGACAUGAUGUAUGGUGGUAUGAGAGGUAUCAAGGCUUUAGUUACAGAAACAUCUGUAUUAGACGCAGAUGAGGGUAUUCGUUUCCGUGGUUAUUCUAUUCCUGAAUGUCAAAAAUUAUUACCCAAAGCACCUGGUGGUAGCGAACCUCUUCCUGAAGGAUUAUUUUGGCUAUUGAUAACUGGCGAGAUUCCAACACCUGAACAAGUUAAAUGGGUAUCUAAAACCUGGGCUGAACGCGCUGAACUGCCAUCACAUGUUGUCACCAUGCUUAACAACCUGCCCAACACUGUACAUCCCAUGACACAGUUAACAUCUGCUGUUGCUUUGCUUAAUUCAGAAAGCAAAUUUGUACAGGCCUAUACUAAUGGAGUUCAUAAGUCACAAUACUGGGAGUAUACAUAUGAAGACUCCAUGGAUUUGAUUGCUAAAUUACCAGUAAUUGCAGCAACAAUCUACAGGAACAUUUAUCACGGCGGAAAUCAAGUUGGCACAAUUGACACUGAACGCGAUUGGAGUGCAAAUUUUACAUCCAUGUUGGGAGCAAAUACUUCUGAAGAAUUUGUUGAACUUAUGCGAUUGUACUUGACCAUCCAUUCUGACCACGAGGGUGGUAAUGUAUCGGCUCAUACUACCCAUUUAGUAGGAUCCGCUUUAUCUGAUCCAUAUCUUUCAUUCAGUGCUGGUAUGGGUGGUCUUGCUGGACCAUUGCAUGGACUUGCUAACCAAGAGGUUUUAAUUUGGUUGCAAAAAUUACGUAAAGAAGUUGGAGAUUCGGUAACCAAAGAACAACUAAAAGAAUUCAUUUUAAAAACAUUGAAAAGUGGACAAGUUGUACCAGGAUAUGGACAUGCUGUGCUACGUAAAACCGACCCACGUUACACUUGCCAACGCGAGUUUGCUUUGAAACAUUUACCUAAUGAUCCAUUGUUCAAAUUAGUAUCACAAGUAUUUGAAGUUGUACCUCCAGUACUUAAUGACCUUGGCAAAGUCAAGAACCCAUGGCCCAAUGUAGAUGCUCAUUCUGGAGUUUUAUUACAGUACUACGGCUUGAAAGAAAUGAACUACUAUACAGUAUUGUUUGGAGUAUCCCGCGCUCUAGGAGUAUUAGCUUCUUUGGUUUGGGACCGUGGUCUUGGUCUUCCCAUCGAACGCCCUAAAUCCUUCUCUACUGAAAAGAUGAAGGAAUUGGUCAGCAAACUGUCCGCAAAGGCUGCAUAA